CGCUUCUUCGGUGGCGGCAGCCGGGGUCGGAGCCCAAGCGUGAGGAGGAGGAGGCGGCGGCGGCGGGAGGCGGCGGGAAGCGGGAGGCGGCCCAGGCCCGGGCCCGCGGGAUGGCGUUCCGGCAGGCGCUGAAGCUGGCGGUCUGCGGGCUGGCGGGGGGCUCGGCCGCCGUGCUGUUCUCGGCCGUGGCCGUGGGGAAGCCGCGCGGGGCGGGCGGCUCGGACGCGGAGUCCCGGUGGGCCAGUCCGGAAGCCCCGACGUGGGCGGAGCGGGUGCGCCCGGGGCCCGCCAGCGGCGUGUGGGACAGCAACUGGGACAAGCGAGAACCACGGUCCCUUAUCAACCUGAGGAAAAGAAGCACAGAAACUGGUGAAGAGGAGAUAACAUCUAAACUAGAUAACUUCAAAGCCAGAGCCACCCGCCAUAUCUUCCUGAUCAGGCAUUCCCAGUACAAUCUGGACGGCUCCUUGGAUAAGGAUCGAACACUGACUGAAUUGGGUCGUGAACAGGCUGAACUGACUGGUGGUCGAUUAGCCAGCUUGGGUGUGAAAUUUGAUAAGAUCGUGCACUCUUCCAUGACUAGAGCAAUAGAAACUACUGACAUCAUCUCCAAACACCUUCCAGGAGUCAACAGAAUCAGCACUGACCUACUGCGGGAAGGUGCUCCCAUCGAGCCUGACCCUCCUGUGUCUGACUGGAAGCCAGAAGCCCGGCAGUAUUAUGAGGAUGGAGCCCGUAUCGAGGCUGCAUUUCGGAAUUUCAUCCAUCGUGCAGAUGCCAAGCAGGAGGAGGACAGCUAUGAAAUCUUUGUGUGUCAUGCCAAUGUCAUCCGCUACAUUGUCUGCAGAGCACUACAAUUCCCUCCUGAGGGCUGGCUGCGGAUGUCCCUUAAUAAUGGCAGCAUAACCCAUCUGGUGAUCCGUCCAAGUGGAAGGGUGGCACUAAGGACCCUAGGGGACAGUGGAUUCAUGCCCCCUGACAAAAUUACCCGCACUUGAACGCCCGCCUCUGCAGUCGUCAGCUGCGUGUCCAUUCAUCUGGACUUGUCUGUGUUUGUAACGUUUGGCUAGAAUGCUGCGUUUUCAGAAGUAUUUGGAUUUUCCCUGUUACUCCUUUGCUGGCUGUACUUCUGUCCUGAAGAGAGAAAACUGCUUAAAUGCUGCAUUUCUGUCAAAGGUCUUCCUGGCCAGGGAGGAUGAAGACACCACUAGGACAUGUAUACUUCACAGGGUUCAGAAGGUUCUGGAUUUAGAGAAGUUGCCUCUCUUUGACCAAAGCUUCUUGUGCGACUUAAGGGAAUAAAGUAGUAGGAUAGGAGUUAAAAGAUAUAUUUUCUGUACAUUUGGAUGUAGCAUGACAUUAUGGAUGUGCAAGUCACACAUGAGAGUAAAUUUUUAUUUUAAGAAGAGAUCACCAACAACUAAAUUUCCUGCCAUCUGAUUCUGUCUGUCCCUUUGAAACUAAGGACUUCCUUCAGCCAGUAGUGGUUACAGCUGUUCACAGUGGGACAGUCUGGUGUGAUCAGUCAUGCAGUUGAAGUUCAGGCUAGUUCCAAGUGAUUCCUAGAUCCCUAGAUAAUUAAAACUUAUUUUUCAUUCUCUUACAGACAGGUAUGUAAUUAAAAAGCUUUCUCACCAUUUUUCUAGGCCCUUACCACCUGGUUUUGAAAACCUCCUUCUUACCCCACUUACAACUUGUAAUAGCUGCUGGAAUAACAAGACAGUCCCACCACUAUGGAUGCUCAGGGGAGAUUUGAGCUGUCCUAAGCCUGUGUGAGAUGAUAUGCACCCCCUAGAAUGAAACUCGUUUGAGACAAGUGAGAAGUCUGCUAGCACAGACACCUUUGUCCAGCUGAGAAAAAGCCACCAGUGUGUUUGACAACCAAGUUUGACAAGUGUUACCUGGAGGGUGCUACUGUGUUGCAAGGUGUUUUGUUUUCUUUGUGAAGCAGUCAGUUAAGUGACUUGCCCAGGGUCACACAGCUACUAAGUGUCUGAGGCCGCAUUUGAACUCAGCUCCUCCUGAUUCCAGGGCCAGUGCUCUAUCCAUUGUGCCACCUAACUGCCCAAGAAAAGGUCUGUUAAUGGCCCAAACUAAAGUCUUUGCUUCACACUGUAACUGGGGUGCCUCUGGUUGAUGCUAGUGUCUUUGCAUACCAGUUAAGGAUUCAGCCACCAGUAGCCCUUAAGUGCUUUGGGGUAUUUAGACAAAAAGUGUCUGUUCCAAAUAUUCUCUGGCCACAAAUGUCUUAAUUCAGGUAAAACAAGAUGGUAGGAAAAUUACUGUGAAAAAGUGGUUAUAAGAUUUUACUGCAAUCAAUCAAUGCAAACAAUUGGGAUAAUUUAUCGUUUUGUCUAUUGACUUUUUUAACGUUUACACAAUAAAUUGUUUUAUUUUAUUGGUGUUA